UUAUUAUUCUGUUAUGGGUUAAGUUAAUACACGAACGUUGACCCUUACACCCUUACGUCACAGUGACAGCAUAUUCGACUUAAACGUAUAAUAUUGUUUAAAAUGGUAAUCAAUGCCGUGGCCCACUGAUAAUGAGGUGAUAACAUUCAGUAGUGUUUGCGAAGGCGAGGCGCGGCGCGGCGACCGCGACAUGAAUCUUAACAAUUAGUAAAAAUAUAUUUAAUUUACUCAUAAUGUCGUACUUAAUGAGAAAAUGUGUUGUGAACUUGAAGAAUGUGAACCGGUGGAGCUCUGUGUGUGUGGUAAUGAGAAAUGAGAGGCAGCGAUCUCAAUCUGCUUGUAUACUGAAACGUGAAAUAACCAACGCUACUAUAAGCCAUAGAACAUUCCACACAAGCUCAAUAUUAAACAAAAGCGUUGCUUUCAAACUAUCUGACAUUGGUGAGGGUAUUCGAGAAGUAGUUAUAAAAGAAUGGUUUGUGAAAGUAGGUGACAAAGUGCAGCAAUUUGACAAUAUAUGUGAGGUUCAGAGUGAUAAGGCUGCGGUUACAAUAACCAGUCGGUACGACGGAGUGGUGAAGCGACUCUACCAUGAGGUCGACCAAACGGCUUUAGUUGGACAACCUCUUGUAGACAUCGAAGUUGAAGAUGGAGAGGAUGAAGGGUCAUCUUCUUCUUCGGAUGAAGAACAAGCGCAGGUUAGCACAAAACAAGCAGCGGACGAGAAAGCCCAAAAAGUAAAAGUAUUGACAACUCCAUCAGUUAGGAGAAUUGCAGCACAAUUCAAUGUAGACUUAAGUACUGUUAAACCUACUGGCAAAAACGGCAGGAUUCUCAAAGAAGACAUGCUCGCGCAUUUGAACAUCGACUCUGAUGCUUCCAACAUCGUACCUGAUGCAACAACCGUUAAAGCUGUUGAAAUUCCAGUCACUAAGGCACAAGCUAAAGUUGAAGUAUUAUUGGAAGACAGGGUAGUUCCAGUGAGCGGGUUUACGAAAGCAAUGGUGAAAUCUAUGACCGAAGCCAUGAAAAUACCUCACUUUGGAUAUAGCGAAGAAUACGACGUGACAAAAUUAGUUGAAGCUCGUGAUUUAUUGAAGACAAUAGCACUAGAGAGAGGUGUCAAGUUCUCAUACAUGCCCAUCAUUAUCAAAGCCACUUCUUUGGGCUUGACUCAACUACCAAUUCUUAAUAGCAGCCUUGACAGCAAUUGUGAACACAUUAUUUACAAAGCAAAUCACAACAUCGGUGUUGCCAUGGAUACGCCUAAUGGAUUAGUCGUUCCUGUUAUCAAGAACGUGCAAAAUAAAACGAUACUAGAAAUAGCGAGUGAACUUAACAGUCUCCAAGAAAAGGGAACAAAGGGACAACUGGGGCUCGCUGAAAUAUCUGGUGGAACAUUCACCUUGUCAAACAUAGGCAUUAUUGGUGGAACCUAUACUAAACCUGUGAUAUUACCACCACAAGUCGCAAUUGGUGCCCUUGGUAAAAUACAGGUACUACCAAGAUUCGAUUCCGAAAGCAACAUUAGGAAAGCCCACAUACUAACCAUAAGCUUCUCCGCCGACCACAGAGUGAUAGAUGGCGUUACUAUGGCUCGCUUCUCUAAUUACUUGAAAAACUACCUCGAAAACCCAACCACGCUGUUAUUAGAUUUAUAGAGCUACUUUUAAGUAUCUAUUUUUUGUUACUCGGUCAAGGUAUAUUUUGAAACUAGAGAACUAUGUCACAUACAGUAGUAAUUCUUUGUACGUAAACAUAAAAAUAUGGAAUACUUUGAAAUAGGUCUUUAGUUUUAGUAAUAUACCUACCAUGACAAA